AACAGUUUUUUGCAUUUAGAAAGAAAAGUAAUUUUAUUUAACUAUAUCUUUUCGAUUUAUAGUCGAAAAUACUGCUAGAGAUUGUAUCCAUUUCAUUUCUUAUUAUUUAAUCAAUACAACACAGAUCCAAUUAUGUGAUAGACUCGAAGAAUUUUGGUAUUAGCUAGAAAUUUCGAAGUGACUUUAUUUGAGAAACAUCAAAACAUUUGAUUAAAACAAUAACAUCAUUUUUUUUAUGAAGCUUUUGAAACCAGAUGCUUCUGCGUUUCAUAAUUAGUACAAAAAAGUUCUAUUUGAAUGCAUAAAAGUUACGAUAACCAAAAUGUAUGAAGAAAACCGUGAUUUUACUUAAAAACGUUUCAAAUUAACUUUUUAAACAGCUUAUCAACAUAUUUAUUUGAAAACAGCUGGUAAUUUGCAGAGCAAUUUUUUUUAUAAAUUAUAACCAGAAUUUUGGAGAAAUUGAUUAAAAAGCUAGUGGUAUGGGAUAUUUUGAUUCUGUAUUAUCAAUCGAAUUUAAUUUAAACUGCAAAUGGCUUCCAGUCAAUCAAUUUUUAUUUCAGAUGGCUAAUAUAUUUUUAGUAUUCACCUACUUUAUUAAACCAAUAAAUGCAUGGGGUUUUAUUAAAUUAAAAUUAUCUUUAACGUUAGCUGGGUUGUGCUUUGCUAUAUGGGGAGGAUUAAUUAUAUGUUCUUUUGAUUGCUUGAUAUGGAAUUUAAUUUUUGCGUUUGUAAACGCUGCACAUAUUCUUUACUUACUGGUAAAAGUUAGAUCUAAAAGAUUCUCUGCUGAACACGAACAUUUAUAUGUGGAAGCAUUUAGAACAUGUGGCGUUGAACGGUUUCAGUACUGCAAAUUUUCGGAGUUAUCUAAAAAUAUUGUUGUUCAAAUCGGAGAGUAUUUUACAAAAGAUGAUUUAAAUCAAAAGAGAGAAAUCUAUUUAGUUACUAGCGGAAGAUUAGAGAUUUAUCUUGGUGGUACCGUUGUAGGUCAUGUUAGUUCUAUGGAAUUUUUAAAUUCUCCGGAAUGGGUAAAUUCUGAAGAACUAAAAAGCUCAUAUCAAAUUUCCAUAAAAGCAAUAACGGAUUGUCAAGUUUUUAAAUGGGACAAAGAAAGUCUUUUUCAGUUAUUUAAAAAUGAUGCAGUUCUUAAAAAUGCAUUCGACGCUCUUAUUGCUAAAGACAUUUGUAAAAAACUACUUGAGGUAUACAAGAAAAUAUUAAUUUUAAAUGGUGUUGAGUUACUUAGUGAAGAUGCCAAGCUUCACAAAUCUUCAAUCGCAAAUUAUUCAACCGAACACUUUGAAAAUUAUUUUACAUCUGACGAAGUUCAUUUGAAUAUUUCUGAACCAUACGUUAAAGAUCACGUGAAAAAUGGUAAGAAGACUUACAAUGAUUUUUCUGUAAUAUUUUCAAAAGAUACAGAGAAAUCCGAAAAAAUUAAUCUGCUGUCAGAAAAUUUCGAAAAAGUCAGUCUUCUAUCAGAAAAACACUUUGACACCCCCAGUCAAAAUCUAAUGCUGAAACCAAUUGAAAGAAGUAGUCUAAUUGAGGAGGAAACACAUAUAUAAUCUUAAUGAGAUGAAUAUAUAUAUAUAUAUAUAUA